UGUCAAAUGGCAGGAAAUUGUCAACAUGAUUUCUGAAAAGAGAAACCUCGCAUACAAGCAACCAUCUACAACCAUCAAAGAUUGGGCCCUAGCACCAUCCCCUACCCCUUUGGAUUCAUCCAUUGUGCGACUUGAUGGAGUCUUCCCAUCCAUUUGCUCUAUUAGUUGGUGGCCUCGUUCAUAUGAACAAUUAUGGAGUUUUCUUCUCGAGCUCGAAUUAUGCUCAACGGAAAGAAACUCUAUGAAUGUGUCCUUAUAAACUCGAUAUAUAAUGGGAAGAUUUUGGAAAUUCGGGAAAUGUACAUUCGGGAAAUGGUACCAGAUUUGGAACCUGUUUUAACAGCCAUCGGCGCGAGAUUCUUGUAAGUCCUUGGAUUCUAAGAUCUUCAAUUAUUGUCAGAACCUUAAGCUGUCUACAGAGGAUCGGGUGUAAGGACAGGAGAAAGGAUUUCCACGUAAUGAAGCUUCCAGCUCACUGUGAAGUGCACGAGAAAUGAACGGCUGUUGUUUUGUUCAUCUGCUCGAGAUAGGUCACAUGCAUCGAGGUUUGGGUUAUGCAGCGCUUUACCUCUCAUCAAAGCCGGGGAUUCUGUAGUUUCAGGAAAGGAAGAGGUCCGCGACUUGCUGCUCUGAAGAGCCUCAAAUCACCUUUCUGGGUGUCAGAUGACGGAGCAGGCAUAUGGGUUUUUGUUGAUGCGCUUGUGUGAUGACUCGUAUGGAUGUUGUAUACUCACUUUCGUGUCAGGAUUCUGCAUGAUCAUUGGUGCGAUCUGACGUGCUUGUCUUUCUCUUUCACUCCUAGGAAAUCAAAACCAUCCUACAUUUGCUAUACGAGUCGAGGAAGAUUUUAGUCCCUUGUUCCUCCAGUAACAAUCAAUUGUCGAGCUUUCAUCUUCAUUCAGGUCAAUAACGAGGAAGCUCUGUCCCUAUACACAUCCACUUCGGGACACAAUCGGAUGCGUGGGCUCCUUUCGACCCAAUCAUGAACACGUUUUCGUCAGGAAAACUUCGCAUGUCUCCCAUAUUCUAUCGGUAGUAAAUUGAAGAGAGCUUAGAAGAUCUAGCGUGGCUGUAGAUGAUUUCUGGAGAGAGAGACCAAAAUUCAAUCAAUAAGCUUUGUAGUUCUGCGUACCCAAUUGCUACAUCGCAGGACCUUUUCGCUCGACAGAAGGAAGUUUUGGGCUAGUUUACUGCUUGACUGGGCUUUCCGAAUCCCAGGACGGUGCUGCCGAGCGCAAAGCUCAGCUUUCAGGGAUGGGACAAUGGGCGCCCAUGGAAGAAGGAAAAGUGUGCAGUAAAGUCCUGCUCAUGCGAGGAGAGUCGGUCGGUGUGGAACCUGGAGGUGCUCUAACCGAUCACGCUAGAAUCAGAAGGGCUCCACUCUGCGAGUGGCAGAAAGGAGGGAGCACAAAAGCGGCAGAUAAAGGCGACUACUACUACCGUUAGCAGACUGGCCACAAGUUGUGGGGAGGGAAAGAGGACCUGUCAGCCACCUCCAACAACAGCUUAGAUGCUGCUGUCACGGUGACAAAAGGAAAUGGCCACAUAUUCGGGGGUGGUGGUGCCAGUGCUAGAUCAUAGGGCACCCCAUGGUGCAGAUCCGAGGUAUGGCAGACUCUGUGUUGCAUAUACCAAUAUAUACUAUUGUCGAUGUGCAUGUACGAGCUUUAGAGUUGUCUUUCUUGACUUCGGCUGUUGGGUCGUUCACCAGCAGCAGGGCCUUGUUCUGCUUUUCUGUGCUGCUGCUGCUCAGCCUCUGCAACCGCUUGCUCUGCCCCGUACGUGCUUCCCGAGGUGUGUGGCAGGUGUGCAGAUUUGGGAAGUGUCGCAGAGUGUUGAGCAAGGACAUGGGAUGGAUUUAGGUUCAUCACUAGGCUGGCACACACCAGGCUUCGCAUCAUUGACCUAGAUUUUAUUCUGCAGAAUUUCGGCAGCCAAUGUCACCACCGCCCAUACGAUUCACUUGUCCCCCCUCCACAAUCACCUCCAGGAUCCCCGGGCAAAGACAAGCUCGUAUUUGUACAUUCAUCUCGACCCAGCCCAGUGCCCGGCUGGUUUUUGUGCAUCGUCUGCAACCACGCAAGAGUUUUACCCACAUCCCACAGAGGCUGAAAGACAUCACAGAGGACAUUGCCAUUUCAUCCUGCAUCGCGUACACCUCCUUCGAACUAGCUGUGUAACUCACCGCCUGAUCGGCUUUACUUGAACGUAUGUUGAUGAGUAAAAUAGUAGAAGAUACGAACGCCGACCUCUAUCCUCGAUCUAAGCUUCCAUAUCUUUAGACUCGAUCACUCUUGACAUACGUAACUUACAUCUACCCGGACGUACGUAUGAAAUCUUUGUUCCCUACGCUCGGGCUUCUAACAGAUCCGGCAAAGCAGAGAGAAAAGAGGCAAUUUCCCUAAUCGUUGCGAGGAAUUAAUGGCUUGAGGGAUUGGGUCUGCGUGUUUCAUGCAUUUCAAAGGCAGGUCCCUCACGGAUUCCAGUCUCAUGUUGGACAAUGUCGGACUACGAGUGUUAAUGUUUACUCGUCACAUGUUUAACUAAAGAGGAGCCCAGUGGUUUGCAUUUGCACACGGGCCAAAGCGACUCGAUCAGAGGCUUUAUUUGUAUCCAUGGCCUUAAGUGUACCACCGGGACCAGGUACAGUACUGCAGGGAACGUACAGUACGUAUGAAUUAUGUGUGUGCAGGUACGAGGCUCCACGAAUUAAGCAGCACAUUAUUAUUGUUAACUCUUCUCGAUCGAAUUGUUCGUUCUGUUCUGAACUCUCGCGUCCCACGGAAGAAUGCACCGAGCUUCGCACUUCAAUG